GUUAAGAAACCGUUCGCCGAAAACAUUUAGUUUUAACAAAUUAAAAUAAAUUAAUGUUCAAGGUAAACUGGCCUGUUAAAGUGUAUUUUUACUUUUCGGUAGUUUGUACACAUCAUAGAAAAUGAAUUUGAACCAGCAAAAUCGUAAAACUGUUAAUGAGUUUAAUGUUCCAGUGCACUGGGGGCAUGUAGCAGUAAAAGCUUGGGGAAGCCCAGAUGAUCCACAUGUUUUGCUACUUCACGGAACAUUUGACAACGCAGGAGCAUUCGACAACUUGAUGCCAUGUUUACCAAAUAUCUUCUACUACAUCUGUAUAGAUUUACCAGGUCACGGAAAAUCAUCCCAUUUUCCACCUGCAGUACCCAUUAAUGCCGUUAACUACGUAGUGACCUGUAAACUUCUGACAGAUUAUUUUAAAAAAGAGAAGUACAUUAUUAUAGGGCACAGUUUAGGAGCUCAAGUAGCAUACGAGUUUUCUAGGUUAUACCCUGAUCUAAUAGACAAACUUAUAGCACUUGACGCUCUGCCGUUCUUUCCUAUAGAAACUAAGGAUUAUAUAAGUACUGUUAGACUUAUAUUAAACAAAACCGUUGAAAUUCAGCAGAAGUUGGAUGCCGGAGAAAUUCCCAGCUAUAAUUAUGAAGAAAUUUUAAAGAAUACGAUGAAGAGGAGGUAUAAAGGAGAAACACUGACUUCAGAGGCAGCUGAACCAAUUUUAAAACGUUGUUUACAGCCUACAGGUGAUGGUAGAUUCGUGGUGACGACAGAUCCGCGGGUAGCAUGGCCAUUUAUUCCAUUUAACGAUACGAGAUAUAAGUUAGCAAGUCUCAAAGCGGAUCCCCUUCGCUGCCCUGUGCUCAUAAUCUUCGCUAAAUCAAACGACUAUCCAAGGAAAACUUAUAAAAAACUUUACGAGCAGUUACCGAAGUUGAAAGAUGUCAAUAUUGUAUACAUUGAUGGUAAACAUGAUGUUCAUAAUAAAAAUCCAGAACUAGUGGCACCGCAUGUCUCUAAAUUUUUAUUAGCUCAAAAUUCAAAAAUGUAAUAAUUGUUUUCUUAUUUAUUACUGGUUUUGUAUUUAGGAUUUUUAACUGAAAAAUAAAAUAAAUAUGUAUUUUUUUACCA